GAGUACCCAGUGCUCGUUCCUGGUGGCACGCAGGGACCAUCCACCCUCCUUACGGCAGACAGAAAGAAUCCUUGCUGCCUGCCAUGCCUGUCUCUACAGCUCUCUUAAAAUGCCCGCUCUUUUUGGUUUAGCCUUGUCCUUAUUUCCCCUCUUCCUCUCACACCAGCGCUCUCACAGGUUCCUGCAGCUGGUGCAGCUGGGCAGCUGGUGACCGGGCGCAGCUACCGUAACCGGGCUUUACACCGGGCACUGCCCCCGCCAGGCAGCAACACCGAGGGGACCGUGUCCACGGUGCGGUGAAAGUGGCCGAGACCCAGGACAGGAGACCGUUUCCUUGAAGUCCAGUUAAUAACUUUAAUCCCUUAAUUGCAUAAAUGGAAAAUCCUGAAGUGGCUGUGAGCAGCUGCAGUGCUCAUGAUGAUGAAAACCUUUGCAGUUACAAACGACACCUGUCAAUAUCACAGGAGGGACUUUUGGAAGACCAGCUUAGAAGGAAAUUAAAAUUCUUCUUCAUGAACCCAUGUGAGAAAUUCUGGGCCCGGGGCAGGAAACCUUGGAAACUUGGGAUUCAGCUACUCAAAAUAGCAAUGGUUACUGUUCAGCUGGUGGUUUUUGGACUGAGCAAUCAAAUGGUGGUUGCCUUCAAAGAAGAGAACACUGUUGCAUUCAAACAUCUCUUCUUGAAAGGAUACAUGGACAGAAUGGAUGAUACCUAUGCUGUAUACACACAAACAGAUGUCUAUGACCAGAUAUUCUUUGCAAUAAACCAGUACUUACAGCUGCCCAACAUCUCUGUUGGAAACCAUGCUUAUGAGAAGAAGGGAGCAGAAGAGACAGCUCUGGCCCUCUGUCAGCAGUUCUACAAACGAGGAAUCAUCUCUCCUGGAAAUGACACCUUUGAUAUAGACCCAGAGAUUGUGACUGACUGCUUGUAUGUUGAGCCAAUGAUACCAUCAGACAACACAACAGUGGGAAAGCACAAUUUGAAUUUCACUCUGGAUUUCCACAGACUGGUGAUGGUGCAGCUCAAGUUCAAUCUGAAGGCAGUCAACCUCCAGACUGUUCGUCACCACGAGCUCCCUGACUGUUACGAUUUCACUCUAAGGAUAGUGUUUGAUAACAAAGCACACAGUGGAAGAAUCAAAAUAAGUCUAGACAAUGACAUAGAGAUCAGGGAAUGUAAAGACUGGCAUGUUUCUGGAUCAAUACAGAAGAACACUCAUUACAUGAUGAUCUUUGAUGCUUUUGUUAUAUUGACUUGUCUGGCUUCACUAAUCCUUUGCACACGAUCAGUGGUUAAAGGAAUUCAGCUCCAAAGGGAAUUUGUAAGCUUUUUCCUAUAUUAUUAUAAGAAAGAAGUAUCUUUCAGUGAUCAAAUGGAAUUUGUCAAUGGGUGGUACAUCAUGAUUAUGGUCAGUGAUGUCUUAACUUUUGUUGGAUCAACUCUGAAGAUGGAGAUACAAGCCAAGAGUCUGACAAGUUACGAUGUGUGUAGCAUACUUCUCGGAACAUCGACUAUGCUUGUGUGGCUUGGAGUCAUUCGCUACCUAGGUUUCUUUCAGAAGUAUAAUCUUCUCAUCCUAACACUGCGAGCAGCAUUACCCAAUGUAAUGAGGUUCUGCUGUUGUGCUGCUAUGAUCUACUUGGGCUACUGUUUCUGUGGAUGGAUUGUGCUGGGACCGUACCAUGUGAAGUUUCGCUCUCUGAACAUGGUUUCUGAAUGUCUUUUUUCACUGAUCAAUGGAGAUGACAUGUUUGCUACCUUUGCAAAAAUGCAGCAGAAAAGUUACUUGGUUUGGUUAUUCAGUAGGAUCUACCUCUACUCUUUCAUCAGUCUGUUCAUCUAUAUGGUGCUGAGUCUCUUCAUUGCACUCAUUACAGAUACAUAUGAAACUGUCAAGCACUACCAGCAAGAUGGCUUUCCAGAGACAGAACUUCAGAGAUUUAUAUCACAGUGCAAAGACUUGCCAAACUCUGGCAGGUACAGGUUAGAGGAGGAGAGCUCUGCAUCCCUCUUCUGUUGCUGUAAUGGUUGUAGUGAACAUAUGUAGUGGAUUGUGGGAACGUAUCAUGGAGCCUUUAGAGGAGCACAUAUUGCAAGAACUGUAACGUGGAGCUUGUGGAAAACCUUAUACCUAAAGCCUGAAUUUGCUCUUCUCAAAAAACAGUGUAAGCCUGUGGCAGAAGCUUAUGGUAAACUUUCUGAUUAGGCACUCUCAUUACUAGUUCAGGGGUUUGGGGGGUUGUUUUUUUUAUUAGCUUUGUUCUAUUUGUUUCCUCAGUUAAAUUGUGCAGAGGGCAUUAAAAAGCUGUCUUGUGUUCAGAGACUUGGCUAGAUUAUGUGAGUAGACUAGAAAUGCACUAACUUUCAAGAGCAAGUAAAAAUAGUGCUAGACAACCGUAACUUUGAACAUCAACUUAGCCCUCAGUACUGCAGGCUUUAUCUGGCUAUGGCUGACCCAUCACUGAAUGAAUGAAAGCUCACUCUAGAGCUCUCAGCAUCUUUUGCUUAUCUGCAGUCAUAGUACAAAUAAAUGAAAGCUAUAAAGUUUGGUAUAAUUUGGUUCUGGAGACAUUACAGCGAAUAGAUGCACAACCCAUUCAAAUACAACUGAGAGCAUAAACCAGGUAUUUUUAUGAGCAUAAGUACCACUUGAUGUAAAUAGCAGCCUCUUUGCAGAGAGGCCAGAGGUAUGACAGGCCAGAACUGAAGCUUGAGGGGCGAGUUGAGGGGAGAAAUAUGGAUGUUCUCCUAUACCCAGAGCUGGGUAGGAUCAGUUACAGUCUUCAGCUUCACAGUGUGCUGACUUUACAUUUUUAAAGGAAAAGUCAGACAAAAGCACUUUCAAAAUAUCUAUUUUUUUUAAUUUGAUAUCUUCCUCUGGUACACAAGUCUGUAAACCUGAAGUCUAAACUAAUUUAAAUACACAGAAGAUAGGUUUCUGAGAGUCAUAUCUCUCCAUGCUUUAGAAAUGGGAUGUUUCCUACCAAUCUAAUAACCUGGUACUGCUGGUUGCUGUCUUAGACAUUAGAUCUUAUAAAAGUUCAGUUUUCACAACUUAGUUUAUGGACAUUGUUGAUUGUGAUACCAUUUAAUGGAUGCCUUAUUUUCUGUAGUCCAUUCACUCUGGGAGCAGAAAAGAAAACCAAAGGGAAGCAUAUUUUAGAUAACUUACAUUUGUGAGCAACAUUCCUGUAGUGGUGUGUGAUAAUGUAUAAUGCUGUGCACAAAAGUGGAGGACACUAAACAUGUUCUUUCUGAAUGUUUAAACAUUGUAAAUGUGCUACAAUAAACAGUUCCAGCUGCAGUAUGAA